GAAAGAAGGAAAGAUCAACAUCUAAUAAUGGCCCAUCUAAGCUCAGAAAGAGGGUCCCCCCACCGCUAAGGUUUGAUUACUUUAGAGCAAUGGAUCUGUCCUUGCCAGUUGCCAUUCUUAAGCUUAAGAGAGAGAAAGUGACUACCAUGGAAUCCUUAAUUCCUCCUGUCUAACAGCAGAACAACCAUGUUCACAGCUUGAUGCAAACUCACUUUCCUUUUUUUCUUUUUUAAAUCUUUUUAACAAAGGAAAUGUAUACAACUAUACAUUACUACCAAAAAACUGAACAGAAGAAAGAUCUAGUUUAUUGGGACAAAUCCAUGUGAUGUAUAGAAUCUCUCUCUCCUUACACGUGUUCCUCUUCUUUCCAUAUAAAUCAACCAGUCCCCCCUAUCCCCUCCACUCUGUCUGUCAGUCUCUGUUCUGUUCUUCAUCAGAAACUCAAAAACUGAGAUGGGUUUUCUAGGAAACCAUUGUUCAUGUCGUGUUCUUGUGGCAAUGUUCAUGAUCUUCUGUUCAUGUCUUCUUGGUCUGGUGAUGAGCACGGAGCAAUUGCAUAGCAAGAAAAGUAGUAGAUACGACGGGAGGAAACAGGAGGGAAGCUGUAAUCUGUUUGAAGGGAGUUGGGUUAUGGACGAAUCGUAUCCUCUCUAUGAUUCAUCGGCUUGUCCCUUCAUUCGCAAGGAAUUCGAUUGCCAGAAGUAUGGUCGCCCUGAUCAGCUCUACCUCAAGUAUAAAUGGCAGCCAAAGGAGUGUGACUUACCAAGAUUUGAUGGUGGGGAUUUCCUAAGGAGAUUAAAAGGGAAGAUGAUCAUGUUUGUGGGGGACUCUGUGAGUCUCAACCAUUGGGAGUCACUGACUUGCCUACUCCACGCUGCUGUGCCCCAAACCAGUAUCACCCGUGAGAUGGCAGACCCCAUCUCCACCUUAACAUUCCAGGAUUACAAUGUAUCACUGAAGUUGAUGAAUUCUCAUUACCUAGUAGACAUCGAGAACAAACCAAUUGGCCGAGUUCUGAAGCUUGAUUCGAUCAAGAAUGGCGAAAUAUGGAAGGACAUGGAUGUUUUGGUCUUCAAUACUUGGCUAUGGUGGUACCGUGCCGGAACUGCGCAACCAUGGGAUUAUAUCCAAGAGGGGAACAUGACUUACAAAGACAUGGAUCGAAUGGUUGCCUUCAAGAAAGGGUUGACAACUUGGGCUAACUGGGUCGACUCAGUAGUAGACACGGCCAAGACCAGAGUCUUUUUUCAGGGCAUCUCUCCAUCACAUUACAAUGGCACGGAAUGGUAUCAGCCAGGAGUGAAGAACUGUUUGGGGCAAACACAACCUCUCAACGGAUCAACAUACCCUGGUGGUUCGCCCAAGGCAAGCGCAGUACUGAACCAAGUGUUGAGUGAAAUGUCAAAUCCGGUCUAUUUGCUUAACAUAACAACUCUAUCACAGCUGAGAAAAGAUGGACAUCCAAGCAGUUAUAAUGGCUUUAAGGGCAUGGAUUGUACUCAUUGGUGUCUUGCUGGAGUACCUGAUACUUGGAACCAGCUUCUAUAUGCAGCUCUCAUUGCUUAAUGGAGAAGGAAAUAAUGAUGGAUAUACAUGAUGCCCAUGCAGCCUUUCAUGAUUAGGGUUCCAAGAGCAUCUCUGUUGCUUAUUUAUAUAUAAUCCAAUUGUCAAAAAAGAUGAGGGUUUUAUAGGAUGAAUAAGAUCGAUUAAUUUGAAUA